UACAAGGGUGAUAGCGGGCUAAGUAUAGGAACGUGACCGCGAGAUGGCGGCGUCGGCGCAACCUGAGGCAGUAAUCGUGGUGGUCGACCGCCCAAUCUCGCCGAAACGACCGAGUCGCGCCCCAAAACCGAGCUUGAAAGCCCGCGAAACGAUGCAAUCUCUUGAGGAUGCGGCCACCACGUCAAAAAGAACCACAAAUACCGUUACGCGGAGUACCGCAUCGAAAGGAACACGGGCAUUGGGAAGCGGGAGCGGAACAACGGCCAGGCUGAACGGGGAAAACAGCGCUCCAGACCCUCCUAGAAGCAAUUAAUGAACAGCAAAACCAGACGCGCGAGAUAUCUACCGAGCAACGAAACAUGAUCUGCGAGCAACGAAACAUGAUCUGCGAACUACGCGACGUGGUCAGCAAGCAGCAAUACACGAUCCAACAGCUCUCUGAGGAGCUGAGACAAGCCCGCGAAGUGAAUGACGCCCUUGCACGCAACGCAGCUUUUCCUCAUACAACUCAGACGAGUCCAAGGGCAUCAUGGGUCGAGUGGGAUUGUGACGCUUGGGUAUAAGAUCUAACGGCGCAUCGGCUGGUACUCUGCUCUGGCUCGAUGCCAAGCGACCUGAUAGACUUAACUGGAAAUGGUUGAGCACGUGAAUGCCAUUGCUUCUCGUGGGUAUGAUAUGGGGCAAGAGAGCAGCCGGUCGACCUUAUGCUGAGCUAGAUGAAGCAAUAUAUCGAUAAGAUUCACCGAAGGAUUCCAGUGGAGGCAACAGGGUAGUGCAACACUAUGUCGGAAAAGCAGGCCUACCACAUAACAGUCUAUUAACAUCAUCUCUGCACGCCCCCGAAUCCUAGCAAAGAGUCAUCUGUGAUACUACGACCAGCGAGGCCCUGGUGGCGUCGCGAGCAGAAAUCCGUUCUCAUCUCCAAACCAU